AUGCGGUUACGGUGUUGCAAAAAAAAAAAAAUACUGAAAUUUAAGCAUUUGAUGAUUGCAAUUAUCAGGACGAAAGGAUGUUUAUAUGCAUUUACUAUUAUCGAUUCAUAUAAAAUUUAAACUAGAAUUGACUUAUUAAGUUAAUACACUUAAAUCGUAGCUCCUGAUUUCAAUUUGAUGAUUCUUUCAGAUAAAAUGAACUCAAAAGAAAUUGUUGAACUUUCUCUUAAUAAGUUAAACUAUAAACUUAUAUAUUUCAUUUGA